CAGUCACACAAACUACCAAAAACAAUCCAAGAAACAAACAUAAACUUCAAAAAAUAAAAAUAAAAAAUGGACAGUUUAUGGCAGGAAAACAAUCCAACAACAGGAUUUCAUCAAUUACCUGAAAGUCCAAGAAAACCAAUGGAAUUCUUGUCAAGAUCAUGGAAUGAUGCCAUGAUUAAUAAAACCAUGCAGCAUUCCCCUCCUUCUCCCUUGGUUUCAAAGGGUGCCAAAAUUUCCAAUGUUGCCCCGGAGACUAAUGAGGCCCCCGAUGAGCCGGUUUUGGCAAUGGGGGCCUCAUUGCUUUCGGGUCAUACAUUUUCUUUUGCUUCUUCGGCUACUUCACAACUUGUCCUCGAACGAAUUAUGUCUCAAUCGGAUAUAUCACCAUUAGCUUCAGGGAGGCUGUCACAUAGUAGUGGACCACUGAACCCAUCGCAUAUGGAAGAAACCGAUAGUCCACAUAUUUCACCUUCCGAUGAGUACGACGACGUCGUUAAGUUUUUGCGUGCAAACAAUACUCUACAACCACUGUUUGCCAAUGGUCGGAGUGGAUAUGGUGCGGGCGGGUGUAGCACCACCCCUGCUGGAAAGACGGUAGGACGUUGGUUAAAGGAGAGAAGAGAGAAGAAGAAAGAAGAGACCCGAGCUCACAAUGCACAGCUCCAUGCAGCUGUUUCAGUUGCUGGAGUGGCUGCGGCUGUGGCCACCAUUGCAGCUGCUACUGCAGCAGCAUCAGCGUCUAGUAAAGAUGAGCAAAUGGCCAAGACCAAUAUGGCUGUUGCCUCGGCUGCCACUCUGGUUGCUGCUCAAUGUGUGGAGGCUGCAGAAGCAAUGGGAGCUGAACGUGAACACCUUGUUGCCGCUGUUAGCUCUGCUGUUAAUGUCAAAUCCCAUGGCGAUAUAUUAACUCUCACGGCUGCUGCUGCAACGGCUCUACGUGGUGCAGCAACGUUAAAGGCGAGGGCGUUGAAGGAAGUAUGGAAUAUUGCAGCAGUGAUACCGGUGGACCGUGGGCUUAAAGAAAGCAAAAGCCAAGGAAAGAGCAGUGGCUAUUCUGAACAUCCUUCCCCUGAAGAGAAUUUUCUGGGCAUAUGUAACCAAGAACUCCUAGCCAGGGGGAGUGAGCUUCUGAAACGGACCCGUAAUGGUGAUCUUCACUGGAAAAUUGUGUCGGUUUAUAUCCAUCGAACAGGUCAAGUAAUGCUAAAGAUGAAGAGUAAACAUGUUGGUUCUACCAUCACGAAAAAGAAGAAAAAUGUGGUAUUGGAGGUGUGCAAAAACAUGGCAGCAUGGCCAGGUAGGCAUCUGUUUGAUGGUGGAGAGGAACGGCGCUAUUUUGGGCUGAGGACUAUUGGGCGUGGGUUGGUGGAAUUCGAGUGCAGGACACAAAGAGAAUAUGAUAUGUGGACUCAAGGUGUCUCUAGGCUUCUUGCCAUUGUAGAUGAGAGGAAGUUCACCAAGUAAAAAUAAGAACUAGAACAAGGUGUGGAGGUAUAUUGUCAUAACCAAUGUGUGCUAGGUAAAUUAUAAAGCAUCCGUUUUGAAUGGCAAAACUUAGCUUUGUAUUCCUAGAUCUUGUAAUAUAAUGCUAGCUCACAAUAUUA